GUUGUUUCCUCUGGUCCACAAUGUCGUUCGUCGCAUUCUCCUGCUCAAUAUUCCACCAUGUAAGCAGCAGCGCACGUUUCUUCUCCACUAGCUUGCGUGCCCAGCGCGAAUACGCAAAUGUCCUUGUCUCACGGCCCAGCCCAGGCGUGGCACUCAUCACUCUGAACAGACCAAAGGCACUCAAUGCACUCAAUGCUGCACAUUUUCAAGAUAUAUCUGAAGCGAUGAAGGAGGCUGAUGAAGAUGCCAGUGUGGGUGCUAUGAUUCUGACUGGGUCAGAACGCGCGUUUGCGGCUGGUGCGGACAUCAAGGAAAUGAAAGACAAGUCUUUCGCAGAAGCCUACACCACCAACUUCCUCGCUGAUUGGGAGGUUAUCACUAAACUUAAAAACCAGUUAUUGCAGCCGUCAGCGGUUACGCCGUAUGUUCUUAAACUCAUUUGUCAGUUAUUACGUUUUCAUUCGGGUUAUUUCCUUCAGCUUGGCGGUGGCUUGGAGCUUGCAUUACAGGCUGAUAUUCUUCUUGCAGCGCCUUCAGCACAACUUGGACAGCCAGAAGUCAAUCUCGGAGUCAUCCCUGGUGGUGGGGGGACCCAACGUCUCGCUCGUCUCAUUGGUAAAUCGCGUGCUAUGGAACUCGUCCUCACCGGGCGUAUAAUUGGUGCGGACGAGGCAGAACGCUGGGGCAUCGUACGAGUUGUGCGAGAGGGCAGUGUCGUUGACGAGGCCGUAAAGGUGGCAAGCGAUAUUGCAAGCAAGGGACGUAUCGCAGUGGGUGCAGGCAAGGAGGCUGUGAAUGCAGCAUUUGAAAUGAGCCUCGCUGAGGGGCUGAGGUUUGAGAAACGGUUAUUCCAUGCCUUGUUUUCAACCAAGGAUCAGAAGGAGGGCAUGGCUGCUUUUGCUGAGAAACGCAAGGCAGAGUGGACGCACUCAUAAGGGCGCUCUGUAUAUUAUGAGGGAACCCCGCUCGUCAACACCCCCCGGGGGUGUUAUCCUGUAUUGACUCGCUUUAAUUCCAUCAUCUAGGUCUGAGUUUUCGACAUCAGAACCUAAAUUUACAUCACGAGACUAUUACAAAUGAGGUUAGGCAAUGAUAUUCUGAUUGUUGAUUGAUCGGCCUUAGCUUCAGCCAUCUACAUAUCUCAGCGGUUUGUGUCUAGCCGCGCUAGCAAUAUGACGAUUGUUG